AUGGCACAACCACGCUGUCUCGCCAGUUCCUCACCCGCACGAGCUCUACACAGAGUCCUCGUCUCGGACCUCCUCAGCCGUAGCAGGACAACCUCUCUCACAUCACGCACAACAUCUUCCUACCUCCUUCCUCCACGGCUCUUCUCCUGUAGCCACCUUAUUACAAACACAAAUACCACAACCCUACCACCACCACUCCCCAUACCGCGACAACAAACCCGCUCGCUCUCCACAACCGCUAUCCUCCGCCGCAUCGACUUAUCCCAAAAGCGACCAACCAACGGCAAGAUCCCCUACGACUACGUGCGCGUAGUCGGGCCACCCCCCGACAACGCACUGUCGCCCGCGCAGCCCAUCGGCACCGUCCUCGCCUCCCUCAACCCCAAAACGCACACCCUAGUCAUGCGCCGCCAUAUGCCGCAUCGUCGACAACGCGGCCUCCAAAGCCGCCGCGCACGAAGCCGAGCAGCGCGCGCCCGCAAGGCCGUCGACACCAAGGAGCUCGAGUUCUCCUGGGGCAUCGAGCCGCACGACAUGGGCCACAAGCUGCGGCGCCUGCGCCAGUUCCUCGACCUCGGGCUGAACGUGGAAGUCAUACUGGCAAAAAAACGGCAUGCGAAACCGGUUUCGAUAGAGGCUGCCGAGGCGGUUCUGGAGGCGGUUAGGAGCGCGCUGACGUUGGUGGAUGGGGCGAAGGAGGUGAGGAAGAUGGAUGGGAAGGUGGGGGGUGUGGUGAGGUUGUAUUUCGAGGGGCCGAGCGAGAAGAAGAGGCGGAAGAAGAAGGAUUUGGAGCAGAAGGGGAAAGAAGAAGAAAGCGGAUAG